UUCUGCGCUCCAGGAGGGCUAGACACAGCGCCGCCCGCCCCCUGCAGCUUGUGCUGCAGCCGCCGGCCACCGGAGGGGGGCGAACCCACGUCAACCUGUUGUUUGUCCCGUCCCCAUUGAUCUAGUCAGCGCCACAAGGAAGUGCAGCACCCACACGCGCUUGGAAAGUUCAGCAUGCAGGAAGUUUGGGAAGAGCUGGGCGAGUAGCUGGACGGCCCGGGCAGCGCAGGGCAGUGCAGGCGGCGAAGGCGCGGUGCGGUGCAGCAGAGGUCCACCGGCCCAACCCGGUGGGCUUUAUUUAUUUAUAUAUUUAUUUCUGGAACGAGGCUAUUCCUAGGUCGCUGAUCCCAAAUGCACCGACUCAUCUUCAUCUCCAUUCUUGUGUGCGCGAACUUUUGCAGCUAUCGGGACACUUUUGCGACUCCGCAGAGCGCAUCCAUCAAAGCUUUGCGCAAUGCCAAUCUCAGGAGAGACGAGAGCAAUCACCUCACAGACUUGUACCGAAGAGAGGAGAGCAUCCGGGUGACAGGCAGUGGCCACCUGCAGAGCCCCCGCUUCCCCAGAAGCUAUCCCCGGAACCUGCUCCUCACAUGGCGGCUCCACUCUCAGGAGAAAACACGCAUACAGCUGGCCUUUGACCAUCAGUUUGGACUAGAGGAGGCAGAAAACGAUGUCUGUAGGUAUGACUUUGUGGAAGUUGAAGAUAUCUCUGAAACCAGCACUAUAGUUAGAGGAAGGUGGUGUGGCCACAAGGAAAUCCCUCCAAGGAUAACAUCAAAAACAAACCAGAUUAAAAUCACAUUCAAAUCCGAUGACUACUUUGUGGCAAAACCUGGAUUCAAAAUUUAUUAUUCGUUUGUGGAAGAUUUCCAACCUAAAGCAGCCUCAGAGACCAACUGGGAGUCAGUCACAAGCUCUGUCUCUCUCAAUGCAACCAAAUGCAUGGUGCAGCUGAAGGAGAUACAUGGGGUGUCCCAUCACUCUCCAUCAGUAACGGACCCUACGCUCACUGCUGAUGCUUUGGACAAAACAAUUGCAGAAUUCGAUACUGUAGAAGAUCUGCUUAAGCACUUCAAUCCAGAGUCUUGGCAAGAUGAUCUGGAAAACUUGUAUCUGGACACCCCUCAUUACAGAGGCAGGUCAUACCAUGACCGGAAGUCCAAAGUGGACCUGGACAGGCUCAACGAUGAUGUCAAGCGUUACAGUUGCACUCCCAGGAAUCACUCGGUCAAUCUCAGGGAGGAGUUAAAGCUGACCAAUGCGGUCUUCUUCCCAAGAUGCCUUCUUGUGCAGCGCUGUGGGGGCAACUGCGGUUGUGGAACUGUCAACUGGAAGUCCUGCACCUGCAGCUCGGGGAAGACGGUGAAAAAGUACCACGAGGUAUUAAAGUUUGAGCCUGGCCAUUUCAGGAGAAGGGGCAAAGCUAAGAAUAUGGCUCUCGUAGAUAUCCAGUUGGAUCACCAUGAGCGGUGUGACUGUAUCUGCAGCUCAAGGCCACCUCGAUAAGACUCUGUGCACAUUUAUACAUGAAGAAUGAAAAGACCUUUGGGUUAAGACAUGGUAAGGGACCCUUGUCCCACCCUAAGCAAUCAAAGUUGCUUCUCAGCUACAAUGCAGUGAAUACAGGUGGAAAGCUCGCUUUGUUAAUGCCAUGGCAAGAAGCAUAUAUUGUCAACUUCUAUAUCUAUAAAUAUAGGAAUUCAUUUAUUAAUCGCAUGUGAAGAUAUGUAUGUAUACCCACACACAUGUCUAUCUCUAUGUGUGUAAACAAAUGAAAUACUUUAUUCAGUAUAUUUACUGAAAUCCACCAGAGAAAAAUGAUUUGAUUAUUGCUCAAUAAUUUUGCUAAAAUAAGGAAUGUGUUAAACAUAUAAAACACAUCUUUAAGAAAUUCAGAAUAUAAAUUUCUUUUGAAACAUUGAUUCACAAAACAUAUCACGUCUUGCUCUUUUAAAGAAAGCAUGUGUCCAUUAAACAGAAGGUGAAACUUUCUUAUGUAUAUGUCUUAAUAAUAUGGAAGAAAAUAAAGUUUCUGGGGAUAAAACCAAAUAUUUAACGAUUUUCUACAUGAGAUGCACUACACACGCACAAAUGUGGACAAUAAUUUUUUUCUCUAAAAAAAACCCACAAAAGUAAUACAUGGUUGUUAAAAAAUCAAAUCAAGUCCUCUUUUAUGUAUUUUGUCAAAGCAAGCUAACCUGUUGAGCACCUUUCUCAAUGAAUUGCUUAGGGAGUGUUGUGAUAGUCCUUUAAGAGGCAAGAAAUAGGUUACAGCAGAAUUUUCAAUUUUUUUCUCUUUCUAAAAUCUGCAGAAAAGCGAGUGUUUUCAGGAAUAGCAUGCCAUUACUCCUGAGCCUUUCAACAUGGUAUUCACAGGAAAAUGUGGGUGAUAGAAAGUCAGAAAUAAGCAAAUACUGACAUAACCGGGAACAUUUAAAAAUGGGUAUAAGUUCUCGAAACUGUGUCAAUCAUUUUCUGUUUUGCUUUUGUGUUCCUAUCUUUUCAAUACGUACAUGUAGUCAAAUGUCAUGUUUUAUCAGACAAGCCAUCCUGGAAUAUUUAUAGCCUAAAAGCUUUUAUGUAUUAACAAAAUAACUAACUUUUAUUAAUAUAAAUUCCUAAUCCUAUACUUAAGAUUCUGAAUCUAUAUUCUGAAUGAGCGAAAAUUUAGAUAUGAGGUUUCCUAUCCUUCUAAAUCUUCAGACCUUACUUAUAGAGCCAGCAAUAGUUGUGGAGGAACACAUCUGGUCUUUCUUUUUCCACCGGAAAGCUUUUUGUACUGGUUACUAGGAACGAGAGUCAGUUUUCCUCAGUGGCUCCCCUAUAUCUAUGCUAAAGAGACCAAGUCCAGAAACAGGAAGUCAUUCAUCACUCUCCAAAGCAAGAUGCUUAGGAGGGAACAUUAAAGUCAGGUUAGCCUGGGCUGCUCUCAGGGAACUACGUUCUUCUUCCUGCCUUGGGAGUAGAAGAGAAGUGAUUUCUUCUGUGAAUCCGGUGUGUCCUGAGCACAGACCGGUUUGGUACAUGAUUUGUGCACGAUCUGCUUUAGUCCAGUGUCACCCUCCAAUCCAAGUUACAGCUGUGCUCAACAUUAUUGUAACAUGUCUUCUAAAGGUUCUGUGCAAUUAUCUAUCAGUUUCUAUUCAAUGAUCAUUAGAAUCAAAUACUGCAUUGUCCGGUUGUCCAGAAUGACAGAGAAUAAUGAGAAACAGGCCAGGCCCACAGUCAGGAGCCACUUUCCCUCCAUAACCACUUGCAAGCUUCCUGUGAAACAAUGGCUUCCUGUACCAAAACCAAGCUAUAGUUUACUGUAGGCACAGGGCACAGCUCACACCAUAGUUGUGAACAUGAAACACUAGAGCGUUCGACCCGAUUUUCAAUAAACCUUCCAGGAUGUAAUAGCGAGUUAAAGCCUUACCCUUCUCAUCCUCUUAUUUACUAGCUACAGUGUGAACAGACAGAUACGCUGAGGCUACUACCUUUCUUGAAUGUUUUAUUAAACUUGGUAAUCUGUUACCUAUUCCACAUUCAACAUGUAGCAAAUAAAUCUGUUUCAUUGCCAUCAAAAGACUAAGAAUAAAAAACAAACCACUGUACAAAUUACAUUUCAAAACAAACUAAUAAAUACACAGCUCUGCAUAGCUCACUACCUGGAAUAAUGCCAUUCAUUCAACAUGUUCUUAUAGGGAAGAACACUUUCAUAAGUGGAGGGUUGUUACGAUUUUUUUGUCAUUUCAGUAACAUGCAGCUUUUCCUCUCACAGCAUUUUCGAUAGAAAUAUAAUAUGGCUCUUUUCUUCAUUUAAAAAAAAAUAGUGCCUUGAACAAAACAGCUCCAUUAUUUAGUACUGAAUUGCAGUUUUAAAAGAUGUGCAAAAUUACCAAGGCACUUUAACAAACGCAUCUAACUGUAAUGACAAGAUGAGUGAUUGCUGAGAGGACUGAGCACCUGCUCCUAGCCCAGAAGCCUUCGUGCUCCCUGCCUCACAGCUGAGGUGGGGGUUGCUCAUUCAUGUCUCUUUGCUAGUGGUGUUGCAUUUCUCUGUUUCCUGCCCCAGUCAGCCUUUCAGUGAAUUCUCCUCUGACAUUGCCCACCUACAAAAGUUCCCAUCCUUUCUCUUCCUUGAGGUCUUAAAUUAAGACCAUCACAGCCUCACCUUCCUUUCCCCUCCCUUCCAUAUGCCUCUGGCUGGAACAGAUGGUGGGUCACUGCUACCCACUCAGGAGCCAAGUGAGGUCUCUCCCCCUGAAGGAGCAUAGACCAUGACCACAAAGAGUGGUCUCUUAUGAUCAAGAACACUUGCUUCCAAGUUAGUCUUUAUUAGCAUCCUGUCAGAGACAGAAUAGCAGCUGCAAAGAUUUGAGGGAAACCUUGCUUCUAGCUUGAUGACUAUAGAAGUUUAGAGAAUAAAUACAUACAGAAAUAUAUGUGUUAUAUGACAAGAAUCAACUUUAUCAACAGAAAUAUGAGCCAAUGUGUUAGCCAAGGGGUUGGAAUGGGGAAAAGAUUAAACAGUACUGUGUGUGGUAGUAAAUUCAGAUAGCUUGGGUUUUAUGUAAAGCAUAAUGAAAACUAUAUGCAAAGCCUUUAGCAUAAAUGCAUUAAGAAUUUAAUUUCAUCUCCUAAAAUGUACAUGUGUACAGUUUUACUCUACUACUAACCCGACAUCUAAAUGGCUCAUAUUUACACGGGGUCUUCUGGUACAUCACUAAAUUAAAAUUCAUAGAUUAGUAUUCAUUUCUGAAUUGCUAGAAAAUACAUUUUUUUUGUUUAUUGGCAUCCCUAUCAUAUAUGCUAGAAAAUAGAAUAUUUAUAAUGCAUUGGCUUUAUUGAUAUUCACUCCAAUUCUGUUGUUUUUAAAGAUCAAGCUGAACACUUCAGAGAUCUACAAAUAUAAAAGAGCCCCCUGAGAUGUGUCAAAUAAAAUAGACAUUUUUGGGUAA